AUGGCAGCGCCAUCGGCCUUCGCCCUGUUUCCACUGUUGCCUGAUGAGCUGAAGCUCAAGAUCUACCGGAUGGCUUUGCCAGGCAGAUCUGUACCUGUCCGCCUCAAGCUCGACCUCGAGGCCUGGAACUGGAGCUCGGAACGCGACUGGUGGACGUGCUAUGCCCUGGUCCCGGACACUGAUGCCCCCAGGACGCCGCUGCCGGCGCUGUUAGGCGUGCGAUACGAAGCGUGGCAGGAGCUGAGAAAUCUCUACCCGCCUCUUCAAAUCUCAAGGUCCGUUUUAGCGGCGCUGCUCACGAGUAGCAAGGAGUCCGGGGCUGGCAACGAGGCCAUGGGAGACUAUGGAGACGCCGAUGAGGUGGACGAGGGCAUCGCCAUGGGCCCUGCCCCGAUUUCCCUCCCCGCCCCUAUCUCAAGCCUCAGCAUAAGCCAAAGUCGCGAGAUCGGGUCACAACCCCUGCCAUCCCUUCACACGCUCUUAGACAGCAUGCUCAUCCCGCGUCACGACGGGGACGAGGGUAAAGCAUGCCUCCGGCGCCCGUCCUUCCAUCCAGACCUCGACAUCCUAUGCUGGCGCGACACGCAGCGCUGGGCCAGCUGUGGCGACGCCCAGCUGCGCACGUUCGUACACCCGCUCUUCUUGGCUGCGUCGCUCUCCGUCCGCUACGUCAGCGUCGACUACGUACCCUCCAUGGCCGGACUCCUAGAGGUUCUGGCGCUCAGCGUACUGGACACCCGGCGGCCGCUAGAGGGCCUCGAGCUGCGCGUUCGCAACCCCAGCGACUGCCGGUUGCUCCGAUUCCGCCUGUGCCGGGUCCCGGGGUCCAUCGGCGGCCGGGCGAGGGAGAUCGGGCCCGUGUUGGGCGAGGACGGCACGGAGGGGGUCGAGGAGGUGAUCCGUCAGCAGGGAGAGAAGGGCGUCGUGUUCUUCCCGUGGUUCAGAGAGACGAUCUCGCGCCGCAGGAGGCAGUACGACAGAGUGAGCAGGCCAGAGGGCGAGAAGCAUGAACCCCUUAUCCACAAAGCCUUGACCUCAGUCGCCUCACAGGCGCAGGCCCAAGCACCGUCCGGAGCGGCAGCGCCCGCGUUCGAGCACCCUCUGCCGUCGCCGUUGCCUUCACUCCUGGCGCACGCCCGGCUGGAAACUUCGGACGUCGCGAUCCUGCAGGUCGUCUCCCACGCCGACCCCAUGACGGCGCCCGGCGCCAGCGGGACGGCAGCGCGACGCCGCGCGCUCGCGGAUCCGGCCGCGGUCCGUUUCCAGUAUGCGCACUCGGACGUGCCGCUGGGCUUCGGCAGCGCCGGCUGCCUGCAGACAGACGUGCUGCUGUGGACCCAUGCGCUGAAGCUGCACGGUGCCGGCUACCCGGCGAAUUUGCCGUUCGAGAUCGUUGGCAUACCGUGCCACGGCUUCUGUGGGGAAGACUUUGGUAUGGGAGGGUAG